CGCUGAAGUUUAGGUCCAAUCUAGUGUUACUAGAUGAGCCGUAGCAGGCACCCGCGUCUGCGGCGUUACCAAACACGGAGGGCGUGGGAAGCGGAGCCCCUCCCGCCCGGGCAGCCGUCCCGGGGGGUCGGCGCGGCAGCGCCCUUUCCCGCCGAGGGGUGCGGGAUCCCGGCGGACGCCGUUUCCGCCGGGGGUGGGAGCUCCCUCCCCGCGCCCGGCCCUACCUGCGCCGGCAGGAAGGAAAAAGGAAGGAGGGAGGGAGGGAAGGAAAGGGGCGGCGCGGGGCGGCGGUUCCGGGCACGUCGGCGGGCGCCGCUCGUUCCUCUCGCUGGGAGCCCGCCGCCGCCGCCGCCCCCCCCAUGGCCGCUCCGCAGGACCCGCUGCCCCCAGCAAAUCAUGCAGCAAAAGAGCCAGUGGAGGAUACAGAUCCAAGCACUCUUUCCUUAACAAUGACUGAAAAAUAUCCUGUCCAAGACACAGGGGUACCUAAAGUCUUUGUCUUAGAUGAGGAAUACCUAACAGAUCAAGUUACAUUGGAAAUUGCAUCUGUCAACAUCAAGACCCUUACGUCAGAUUCUGGCCUAAUCCAACAGCCAGAAGACAAAGACACACAAAACCAUAGUGAUGAAUCACUUUCAGAUCUCAAGAAAACCUGCAAGGAAAAUGGCACCUGCUCCUUGUGCUUAUUCCGUGCACCAACCAUCAGCGACAUGCUCAAUGAUGAGGACUUGUUGUACACAGUGAGGCUAAAGCUGGAUCCCUGCCACCCAACAGUGAAAAACUGGAGAAAUUUAGCAAGCAAGUGGGGGAUGACUUAUGAUGAAUUGUGUUUCCUUGAACAGAAGCCCCAGAGUCCCACCUUGGAGUUUUUGCUACGGAACAGUGACAGGACUGUGGAGCAGCUGAUCGAUCUCUGUAAAUUUUAUAAGAGAAUUGAUGUUGUGAAAGUGCUGCUGAAAUGGGUGGAGGAGGAAUGGCCCAAGAGAGGGAACAGAACUUACCAGAAUGACUUCUAGGUCAAAGAAAGUUGUUAGUCCGUACGUGUUAAUCGCUGGGACUAGCUGCUACUAGUACAUGGGAAGAUUCCCUUGCAAGAGAGAGAGCCCGUACUGACGGUUUGUAUACUGUGUAGGCUAUACAUACUGUAUACACAUAUAUAUGUUCUGUGCCCUCAGGGUUGCAAAGAUAACUGUCCAAAAAUGGAUGGAAUAAUGCAGGUUGUGUUCUGGAGUCUACAAAUGCCUUCACUUUCUUUGCUGCUGUUUGUAGGCUUCGUAAGCAGAAGAGAAAUUAACAAGCCAGACCACUGGUUUUAUUGCAGCUUUUGUGAACCAUGUCAGUUGUGUGCUGUUGCUAUUGGGAAAGGCACAAUUAGAAGGCAAGUCUUUUGGCCUUUCUGGUGGCCCUUCCACAAUUUUAUAUGUUCUACCUAGUAGAUGAUGAGGGGUCAUUUUUCCUUCUUUUUUUUUUUUUUUUUUUAAUUAAAAAAAUAAAUUUAAGCUUUAUGACAAUGUUUUUGGCACAGGAACACCUCAGUGUUCCAAGCAGCAGUUUUGAUUUGCAUGUUACAAUUAAUUCAGUGUUUCAAUGUCAAGUUCAGGCAAAUUAAGCUUUAAAUCUCUUCUAUAAACAAGAACAGAUGUUAAACAAAAUAAUUAUUUGCAUACUUCUUACAUCAUAGGGUAUAUAUUUGCUAUAGAAGAUAUCAUGCAAUUCAGAGAGACUUCCUAGCCCAUAACUACUAGGGACAAAAAAAACCCAAAACACAAAAAAAACCCCAAACCAACAAUUAAAGUGCUUUAUACUUAAAAUUACUUUCCAAAGUUUUGAAGACAAUAGGCACUCUGAGUGCACUUAUUGUUUACCUCAAAUGCAUCUUGCUUUUCAGUGUGAGGUGACAGUUAAUGCCUCACCCACAGUAUAUCCUUUGUAUUGAGCAUAAAUUCUUUUUCACAGGCUGUGGUUUUCUUUACAGUUCUACGGAUUGACCUGCUUUCUGUCCUACACCAAAGCAGUUGCACACUUGCGUGAAACUAGAACAAGUUUAUGUAUUGAUUAAAGCCACUCUAAUGGGAAAUUAAUAGGUGAAUUAAUCUACAGUGCAGGUGGAUGGUUAUUAAAGCACUAAUGGUGGUUUAGACUGAUGUUUAUCAAAGAAUUUUCCUACUCUGAAUUACACUGUUUACAUUUUAAAUAGUUUAGAAAUUGGUCUUUUUUCCUACUAUUCUUCUGUGUUUAACAUUUUAAAAAAACCUCCUGAAAAUACUUUAUACAUCUUAUUGUAUAAUUGAUCUUAUAGCUAUAAUGCCACACAAAAAUGUUGUGACUUAAAAAUAGUUCUAGUUAUUACCCUUGCUAAAAGCAUCUCAGACAAUACUAAUAUGUACGUAGGUGUAUAUACCAAAGCACUGGUGAACAUGUAUGUCAAGAUGUGGGGCAAAACUAUAAUGGGGUACAGGUUGAUGCACUGUUUACUUUUCUUGAGUAGAAGUGACUAAGAUUAGUAGCAAAGCUGAGAGAAGUCUAAUGCUGUGUACUGAGUUCCUUACUGUAAGAGAAUGAAAAAGGACUUCUAGUAAUACUGUACUAUAUAGAUACUGGGGAUAUGGUUAUAGAGGAGCUGCAAGUAAAGACUAACAUUUUCAUUGUCAGGCACUAGUUCUGGGGUGACAUAAAUUAGCUUUAUUUUAGUGAAUUCAGAGAGCUGAAGAUCUAGUUUCAAGGUGAAAAGACUGGCCUAAAUUUGAAGUUUGAAUUUUUUCUUUUUUUAAAAGCUUGUGGAAGACUGGAAUUUUUAAUAACUUUUCUUUUUUUAACCAUUCCUCAAAAAAUCUGCUACUCUUUAGAGCAGGAAGUUUUCUAGCCAUAUUUUAAAGAGGAAAUUGUACUGCUGUGUCUUAUUGGGGCUGUAGUUCAAACGUUUCAUGUUCACCUAGGAACGGUGGUUUCCCCAUAGAUGUCUAUCAACUCGAACUUUUGCAAAUAAUCUUCUGUCUUUAGUUAGGAGCAGUAGAAUCAGCUUUGAGGACUACUGCUGUGGCUGGGCUGCCUGUUAUUUUCAAUUCCUACAGAGGCUUCCACCACAUACCUGCAAAUAGCUCCUAAUGCAGCUUGUCUAAUGUAAUUCCCAUACCUUGGGCCUAUUAUAUGCAUGAUUUAGGAUCAUGAGUCAAUGUGUUAUGUUGCUCUGAGUGAUGAGCGCCGGCAUGUAUGCCAACAGCUUUCCUCUCCCAUAACAUAUCACAGCUAUAUGUGUGUAGUAUUACAGUAUGCUCUGCUUUUGGUAGAUCAAGUCCAGCAAGGAGCUGGAGCCCUCACCUAAGACUCACAAUGGGAACGUGAAAUGAUGCAGCAGCAUUUCUGAAUCAAGACGUUCAACUGAAACCUACCCCUUUUCCUGUUUUCUGGCUAAAACUUGUAAAAUUUUGAAGAAACACUUUUGUCUUGGGGAAAUGAGUUCUGAUCCCUUGAAGCUCUUGAAAAGUCAAUGUCAUCUGCAAGGAUUCAUGUCUGAUGGAAAUAAAGCUGCUUGUGAGAGUUCUUAUGUGCAUUCUGUAUAAAUUCAACACUGAAGGUUGAAAACGUUAGCCUUAAACUUUGUCACACACUGGAUUACUCAUUAGUAUACUUGAAAUAUUUUUUCCUCUUUGUUUGGCACGAAUUGAGAUGUACACACUUUUUUACUUUUAUAUCUGUUUACAAGAUAUUGGGUCUGAGUGUUCAGUUUAUUCUUUUAUCUUCUGUCAUAAUGUAUACUAUUUUUAGAAGAAAUAUAGAUUGUCAAUGUUUGA